GGGAAUAACAUCGUCCGCUAACACAUCAGUGGGCGGUGUCGCGGUUUGGGAAUGGCUGAAUGAGUUUUUCCCGGUGGCGUCCGUAUGAACCACACGUAGCUACAUACAUUGAGAAAUGUUUCACUGGGAAUACUGGGCAUGUGUACCUGGGCCACGCAGAUGCAACCUUGACACAUUACAUUCUGGACUUCAGGUCUAUGUCCCAAAUACGACAAGGAACAGGUACCAGUAGAUCAGUCCGACGUUCAUUGUACAACAGGACAAGUCCAGCAGGACAAGGUGUGAUGUGGCAGUGGGAAGGUGACAAUCCUGGCACAUGGCAUCUUAACGACAUGGACAUCAGCGGGUUGCUGGAAAAUGCCUUCUCACAGCGACAGACAAUGGUUGAUUUAAGUGCUUUGCCGUUCUGUCUACCAUACAAAAUCUGCCUGAGUACCAUGUCUCAGAUCAGACUAGAGACGAAACGGAGGCGAAUGAUCCGCAGAGAACUACUGCCCAUGCCGUAUCCACCAGACAACGGGAAAAUGCAGACAUCCAGCGGACUUCCUGGAGCACUGCAGAACAACACACUAGUGAGCCGUUCACAGCGCUCAGGGGGUUCUACUGGACCUGUGGCAGUUCCGUUCAAAAAGAGGGCCAUCUCAGAUCUCACAGGGUCGUCCUCACCCUACUCUCUCAGGAAGAAACACCAUACCCAGCCUGCGGCUUCCAUGCCCAGCCUGAGUAAGGCGAUGUCAGCGUUACCUGGUGGCUUGUCCAGUCAUGUUGGUGUGAUCUCUCAGGGACACGCCCCUCUCACAAAUUCCAUAUCUCAGGGACAGCCUCCUCUGGCUUUGAACUCACACUUUACCUCUCUCCAAGGAUAUCCUCCUGCAGCGUCACACAACCAUUUGCCUUCUGUUCUGUUGCAAAGCAGCUCAUCUGUGCCAGGAAAUCUGAAUGCUGCUGCCUACACCUCGGGCCUGCAGCCAGCGAUGAGCAGUGUGACAAAUAUCCUGGUGUCACCGGCAGUGCCCACAAUGCAGCAGGUGGCUAAUUGGUGCUCACUGCCCACGUCCCGUUCCGUCCCAGCUCUGCGGUCAUCCAACCUCAGCUGGUCAAGGCACGAUAACUUAGGCCAGCUUAAGGGACCAGUCAAAAUAAAGAAUGAUGUUGAUGUGUCUAGCAGAGCAAAAAAUACAGCAGAGGAAGUGCUCACCAAAUUUGUAACUGUAAUCACAGAUCCUCCCAAAGAUGAGGACUGUUGUAUAUGCUGUGAGAAGUUGAGCCAAGCUUCGGGCUACUGUAGCAAUGGCAAUGAUUGUGUUGUGUACAGACUGGAGAGAUGUUCUCAUAUGUUCCACAAGCUCUGUCUCCAUGAAAUGUAUGAGUGUGGACAGAAGGACGGGAGUGUACAGUGUCCAAGCUGUAAGACGAUCUAUGGGGAGAAGUGCGGGAACUGUCCAAAGGGGGAGAUGGAGUAUGACAUACUGCCAAACCAUCUGCCCACAUUCCCCAACUGUGGCACUAUACAGAUCAAGUAUGACAUUCGACCAGGCACUCAGGGUCCCGAGCAUCCUCAUCCAGGAAAGCGGUUUACAGCGCGGGGAUUCCCCAGAUACGGAUUCUUGCCCGAUAAUGAGGAUGGAAGAAAGGUUUUACAGCUUCUCAUCAUUGCCUGGAAACGUCGACUGACAUUCACAAUAGGCCAAUCCACGACGACCGGUGAGAGUGACACAGUGACAUGGAAUGAGAUCCAUCACAAGACAGAGCUGGGUUCUAACUCCACCGGGCAUGGCUACCCUGACCCCAAGUACAUAGACAAUGUCCUGAUGGAAUUAGCAGUGCAGGGGGUCACAGAGUCUGACCUGGAUACUUAACCUGGGGAAUGUCAAGUGAAUACUUAAGCUGUGAAGGUUGUGUGGAUAAGUAACCUUGUGAGGUACUGUGGAUAUGUAACCUUGGGAGGUUGUGUGGACAGGUAACCUUGGGAGGUUGUGUGGACAGGUAACCUUGGGAGGUUGUGUGGACAGGUAACCUUGGGAGGUUGUGUGGAUUCUUAACUUUGGAACCUCAUCUUCCCACUUUUUUAAUCACCUGUGGACCCGUGACAGACAGACUAGUGUCGUGCCCUGAGCCAUAGUUGAGGCAGUACACAAGACGAACUGUCCAAUGUGCCGGGGGGAACUUUUCUGAUUGAUGUGAUUAGAAUUUAAUCCUGUGAAGACAGUCCUGCUCAUUGUGGCCAGAGUUCAGGGAGAUGUGUGCAUCUGUAAUGAUGGCUUCUGUUGAUGUCUGUUAAAUAUGUAAUAAGGUUAUGGCAUCUUCCCAGCCCUGUACAUUAAAGGAGAAGAAAAUUUAAAUAUCAAUCAAAUACCAUUGAAAAGAGUAUGCAUUUCCUCGCAGGUGCAUGCCAUAAAAAAAUUCUAAUAUGUACCUCAAGUUGAUAAUUUAUAAAUAAAGUCAGCACCAAAAUCCGCUGUGGGCGACUCUAUUUUGCCUAAGAACUAGUCCUGGAAUCUUCUGUGUUC